AUGCCUAAAGAAAGAAAGACAUUCUCUUCUAAAAAAUCUUCUCAACCGAAACAGAGAAAGAAUCGUAGGAAAAUUCAUCUUUUUACACCAGAAUUCCAAGCUAAAUUAAAACGUACUAUUGAUGAAUAUUUGGAAAAGAUAACUCAGGAAGAGGGAUUCGUCUUUCCAACAAACAUUCCGCGCAAAGAUUUAAUUUCCCUUGUAAGAGGACAAGCGGAAGAAAGGGAAAGGUCCCAUUAUCAACAGUUUCCAUCAAGGUUUUAUGAAGAUAUUUCAGCCUCCUCUCGCAUAAUACAAAUCCAACAAGAUAAUUCCUCUGAACCCGAGUAUUAUGAUUCAACAUGCUCAGCAUCCUGA